AUGACUGAAUAAAAAGUAAUUUCUAUCUUUGAUUUUGGAAAAACCAGGAAUAAAUUUUGGUAAACAUGUGAUAAGUCUGUAUUGGAUUCCUAAACAUUUUUAGUUGAAUAAGAAUUUUUGACUGCAGGAAAAGUUAGUGUCAAAUAAGUCUUGAUUGUACUUGGAUUAGAAUACAUUUAUAAAGUCACUUUAGACAAAUUGAAAUGUGCACCUCUCAUUACGACUCAUUUGACUUACAUAGAACCAGGAGCUGAUCAUCUAGUGCAAUUAAAUUCUGAUGAGCAGUAGUAUGGGUUCAGAUUAUAAUACCAAACAAAAACCUUAGAGAUUUUUCUAUCUGACAAGUCUUGUUAUGAUCAAUGGAAAAUCCACCUCAGAAAAGCUUGUUUAUUAGAGAAUUUUCAUGAGGCUUAUAUGGUUUCUAAAUUAAUUGGAAAGGGGAGUUUUGCAAAAGUUUAUCUUGCCACCAGAAAAGAUAGCAAUAUUUAAUAUGCUGUCAAGGCAUUUAGCAAGUCUUUUAUGAUGCAAUAGCACAAAGGUAUUGAAAGCCUCUUGAAUGAAAUGAAAGUAAUGAGAAGAUUAAACCACUCAAAUAUUGUAAGAUUACAUGAAGUACAUGAAACAGCUAACUCUGUUUAUUUCGUAGUUGAUAUUGUGGCCGGAGGUGAACUACUUUAAAGAGUGAGAGAAACAGGAUUUUUACCUGCUGAAACCUUGUAGAGACUAGCCUUUAACCUAUUAUCAGCACUGAAUCACAUGCAUCAAUUCAAUAUAGCUCACAGAGAUCUUAAACCUGAAAAUCUACUACUGAAAUCUUAUGAAAACAAUCACGAUAUUGUAUUAGCAGAUUUUGGAUUGGCAGCAUUAUUACAGGAUAAUAAUAUUUUAUUUAAAAGAUGUGGUACUCCUGGGUUUGUUGCUCCAGAAAUCUUGGAAUAUAUCGAUGGACAUUAAAUCUAUGAUGAAAAAUGUGAUGUUUUUAGUGCUGGAAUCAUCUUGUACUUACUAAUUACUGGUGAUUAACCAUUUUCAGGUAAAGAUUAAAAAGCCAUCUUGAAGGCCAACAAAGAUUGUUUCAUCGAUUUUGAAGAUUCUUUAUUUAAAUCUGCGCCAAUACAACUUUAAGAUUUAAUAAGAGCUAUGUUGUUGAAAAAGCCCCAAGACAGAUUGAAUUCAAGUGAAUGUUUGAGACAUCCAUAUUUUAAGGAAUUGGCAAAAGAACAAUAAGUUAAAUAAGAGAAUUAUUAACAAAAUUUGAAUGAUUAUAAUUAGUUUUACAAGAAUAAUGUCAGAAUGGGAUCUAUCGAUCUGAAUUUAGAAUAGAGAUAACCAGCCUUUACAGGAAAUUUAAAUUCAAUUGAAUCAAUCUCAUGUGUGUCCAAUAAUUCAUUUGCCAAAAUCGAAAUGAAAGCUCCUUCUGUAGUUGGUGCUUCCAAAUUUAGUUAAUACAGUUGUAAAUGAAACAGAUUAGGAUCCAGGGAUAUAUCUGAUAUCCCGACAACAUAAUUACAAAAAACAGAAUCAGAGAAGCACAUUGACUUGCAUAGAAUUGCUAUUCAGAAUUCACAUAGGAAACAGAUUUAGGAUUAGUUUGAAGAAUAACCUAUAAGAACUGAAGGGUCAGAAGCCAAUGUGAUGGCCAGAUCAUCAAACUCAACAAGACAAAUUCGUAUUCCUGAGAAUGUGUCAACCUUUUCCUAACCUAGCAAAUUAGCAUCUACUCCAACUAAUAG